AUGGCAACUAUCAGUCAGGACAACGAAUAUCUAAUCACUCUUCCGUAUCCUCCUGAAAUUUCCCCCACGGAACUUCUUUCUCGCAAAAAAAGCGGCCCGUGUCUUACAAAGACAGCCAACGCAUUCUUUGUAUAUCGCAAAGCAUACGUUAAAGAACUCAAGCGUCAAGGGAAGAGGAUAAAGAUGACUCAAAUAUCCGGGGUAAUAUCAUACUCAUGGUCUCGCGAACCGGAAAAAAUAAGAAGUGCUUACAAGGACAUCGCCGAUGAAGCAAGCGAAAUGUUCAAAAAGAUUAAUCCAACUCCGGAAAAACAACCAGUGACAACAAAGCCUUCCAACAACCCAAGAGGAACGACAACAUCAACAGCCAGUAUUACUGCGGUCAAAAGUGAUACAGCUACACACGAUGCGGCGAUGAUAACCCCAAAUCAAUUCAACAUGACCCUGCCUCAGGCUAAUGUCGGGAAUUUGCGAAAGUCAAAAAAGGAAAUUGCCCAGAAAUUUUCCAGGUUUCAGCCGUAUUCGAUAGUGUAUCCGCCAGCAUAUUCAUACUGUCAAUCACCUUCAUUCGAAACAAUUCAGCUGGGAAACGGAGAAUGGGUGCUUCCUUCAUUCGAAUACCCAUUCAACGCAAAGCUUGAAACAUACGCCGCCCCUGAACCAUUUUACGUUGUAUCGGAUGAUACAUCGGCAUUCGAGCAAUUACCGAGUGAACUGUCGAGCGGAGCAACAACAUGCUCUCCUUCACCAUCUUCGUCGCCUAUUUCUUCCAACACUACAUACAUCACUCCUGAUUCGAUGCAAUACUAUUCAACUUUUGAGAGUAUAAAUAAUUUAGAUUACUUUGCGGUACCUGCGGUACCUGCAGUGGUUGCAGGAUCGGUUAAUCAGACGGCAUACGAUUCAAAUACACUUUUGCUUCAGUAUACAGGGGAUAUAUCGAACAGUGAAAAUUACAUGAUGUAG